AUGGCCAUGGCCUCGAGGCUGUCCUCCGAACGGCCCUCCGAACGGCCCACCUCGCCGCCUGACGGGAGCAGCUUUCCGGCACCACAAGACGUCAACACUCGGCAGGCACGGCCCGCUAGCAUUGUAUCCUCGCGAAUGACCGACUUUGGUAGUGAUGACGGCCAGUCGUCCGCCAAGGAAACCAAGAGCCGCGCUGCCAAGCCCGGCGCUGCUGGCACCUCGCGAAGCAAAUUCGCUCCGAUGGCUCGACAACAGAAACAGUUUGGCAAGCUUGGGCCAGCCGGUCCUGCGCCUGCCACAACCCGAAGCCAUGUUCCAUCGCUUACUUCAAAUGCCUUUUUCCGACCCAUGAGCUCACAGAAGUUGCAAGCGCAGAGAGCCGCUGCCGCUCGCCCCGCUACUACUUUACAACCUCCGGUUGACUACGAAAAUUUCGACGACGGCAUGACAGAUGCCGGCGUCUCUACUAUCGGGAACUCAGCCCCGCAUCGUAAAACAACUUCCGACGUUCGUCCCCAUUCUCGCGGUACGGAGACGGCAGAUCGUGAAACCCUAGAUCGCCUGACAGCAAACGCCAGCCCUACAACCGGCCACGUUCCUACCGAUAGCUUGACAGAUAGCAUGCGGCCGCUUAAGCAGCAACGCAACAGCACGCACGAUCAACCCACCUCGCCGGUGGCAGAAAAGUCUACCCGCUCGUUUCGCUCUAGUUUCCGUCUAGGCCGCAGAAGUGAUGUUAGCGCAGGCCGACACCGCGGCACCAACGGUGCCGAGAAGCUGUAUUCGAACGCUUCUUCGCCUCGGCUGCACCCAGUUGAAUCGCAUGGCCGGCCCGUGACGGGUGCCACAGCAAAGACGGAGCGCGAGCAUGGCAGGCUCGGCUGGGUCUAUCAAUACUUUGAGGGCAACACUGUCUUCUGCCUAGGCGGCCGAUGGCAAAAUACCAGGCACAGGCCUAUGAACAUUGCCACUGGCAUCUUUGUUCUCGUUCCUUGCAUUCUAUUCUUUGUAUCCGAAGCCUCUUGGCUCUGGCACAACAUCUCUCCAGCGCUUCCCAUCGUUUGCGCAUACCUCAGUUUCCUCUGCUUUUCUUCAUUUGUUCACGCAUCCGUCUCGGACCCUGGCAUUCUGCCGCGAAAUCUUCACCAAUUCCCUCCUCUCGGUGAAAAUGACGAUCCUCUGCAAUUGGGACCGCCGACAAACGACUGGACGCUUGUCAAGUCAGCCGAACCGUCGGCUGCUGCCAUGGAGGUGCCAGUGAAGCACUGCCGCACCUGCAACAUCUGGCGCCCGCCUCGUGCUCAUCAUUGCCGACUGUGCGAUAACUGUAUCGAGACACACGACCACCACUGCGUCUGGCUCAACAACUGUGUUGGCAAGCGCAAUUACAAGUACUUUUUCGUAUUUAUCUCGAGCGGAACCCUCCUUUCAUUAUUCCUUAUCGGCACCAGCCUGGCUCAGAUCCUCAUCCACCGCAGUCGCCAAAACAUUACUUUCGGCCAAGCCAUUAACCACUUCAGAGCCCCGUUUGCUCUGGUCAUCAUUUCCGCCUUGGCAUUCUGCUACCCCUUUGCUUUGCUGGUCUACCAUGUCUUUUGGAUCGCGCGGGGCGAGACAACAAGAGAAUACGUCAACUCACACAAGUUUGACAAGAAGGAGCGCUACCGCCCGUUUAGCCAGGGCAAUCUGUUUAAGAAUUUCAUGGCAGUGCUCUGCCGCCCGCGGGGCCCAAGUUACUACACAUUCAAGGGCAACUAUCAAUACGGCGACCAGCGCCUUGGGAUGCGCCGCGACCUGCGUCCCCGUCAAAAUUCCCAGGGAAUGGAGCUGGGCGCUGUCCAGGGCGCCACGGAAGGCUUUCAGGGACCGGUUGCUCUCCGUGGCGAGAGCCGCCAAUAG